UGCGCGGAAGGAGGGUGGCGGAGAGCGUUUCGCCCCGGCGCGGAGGAACUUUGAGCCUGCCCGCUCGCCGUCCUCGGGCCGGCGGCCAUCUUGUGUGCGGUGGUGGCUGCGCCUCGCCGGCUCCAGGCCUCUCCUCGCCGCGUCGGAGCCGCCGCUGUUGUGUGGGAAGGGAAGCCGCACCAUGUCUGCGGAGAGCCCGGAGCCCGCCUCGGCGGAGGAGCAGAAGGAAAUGGAAGACAAGGUGAUUAGUCCAGAGAAAGCCGAAGAAGCAAAGUUGAAAGCCAGAUAUCCUCACCUGGGACAAAAGCCCGGAGGCUCAGAUUUCUUGAGGAAGCGCCUUCAAAAAGGACAAAAGUAUUUUGAUUCUGGGGAUUAUAAUAUGGCUAAAGCAAAAAUGAAGAACAAGCAGCUCCCUACCGCAGCCCCUGACAAGACUGAAGUUACGGGUGACCACAUUCCAACUCCACAGGACCUUCCGCAGCGAAAACCAUCUCUUGUUGCUAGCAAGCUGGCUGGCUGACUAGACUCUCAGAACUGCAUGAAUCCUCUCAUUCCCUUAAUCGUUACUUAAUAGUUAUUUCUCACGUUUUUUUUGUUUUGUUUCCACUAAGUCAUUGACUGAUCGCUUUGCAGGUAGUGGUAGCCUGUGCUGCUAUUGUAAGAAAGUCCUGUUAAGAAUUAAGUUGAGUAGUCAUUGGAUGAGUUGAGGACAAUGCACUGAUUUAAAACAAAAGGACAUGUUUUGUUAGAACAAUAUAAAGUUAAUCUACUUGAAAAAUGUACAUAUUACCUAUUUGCUAGUGUAGGGCUGGUUCCAGCAAGUGACAUAAUAGCAAGUUUGACAAUUUUUAAUGUUUCUGCUUUCUUGAGUUGACUUUAAUUACAGUAUAGUAUGUUUGUAUUGAAUACAAGCCCCCUCUGUUUGUGUUCCUGUGUUUUGGUUUUGUACACUAGAGGUUUUAGACCACAAGUUGCUAGAAGGUAAAAAGCAUGUAUUAAAAGAAAGAGAGAAAGAGAGAGAGAGAUGGGGCUCAGACUUAAUUUGUGUAUCUGCUCUUGAACGGCCUUAAACCUACUUCAGCUUUAACAAUAGAUUUUUUACUUGGGCAAUAUUUGCCCAUUUUGGUGUUGUCCUUGUGAACCUAGUGCUUAUUGACAACUGUCCGUUGAAGCUGGUAUUCCUUUGCAUUCUGUAGCAUAGAACACAUUCUUGCAGUGAAUGAAGUGUGCAUGAGCAUCGACUGAAUUCACUUUUGUGCCAUUUCUGUAAAUAAGAUAGUUUUGCACAACUUUUUGCAAGUAUCUGUUAUCUCUACAUUUAAAAAAAAUGUGCCAACUGGAAGCACAAGUGAUUCUGUACCUUUGAAAGUCAUCAUCCUCAAAUGAGUCAAAACAGUCUUAUUGAAAGUAACAGACUUGUAUGUAGAAGAUUUGGAGAACAACGCAAGUACUAUGAUGAACCAUCUGCAUUAGUACACUUAUUUUUGUGUGCAUCAACAAUGACCUGUAGCACCCAGUCCUAAAUUUUAAAUUCAGACGCAAACAAUUUCAGCUAGUAUGGCUAAGCAAAUUAGUUCCAUUUACUAUAAGGGCGACUGAAUCAAUUAAAGGCAAACGUACUGCAUGAAACAGCUUGUAGAUUACAGUGCAAGGUAAUCAAGGCUAGCUAUAUUUGCUUUUCAGUAUCUUUUAAAAAAAUCUUAAGGCUUGUAUGAACUACAGAUGCUUUUGAUCAUCUGUGUGUAGGAAAACAUCUUAUUCAGAGGAAGAAUGGUCAGAAGAAUUGUGACUGAUUUCAGUUACUUUGAGAGCUGGAAGUAUUUUCAGGUGAUGUCUAAGAAUUUUACGUACACGACAGUGACAAGCUAAUUCCUUGAUUCAGAAGAAAAUGAUUAGAAAAUAUUUGUCAGUGUGUAUUAUAGGGAGAUACUCCAAGAGGGACUGUUCCUAAAAGUGUACCUGUUUAAGAUUAAAGAGACUUGGCUAAAAUGGAUAUUUAACUAACUUGUUUGUAAAACCAGUUUAAUAUCUAGGAUGGUAUUAAAGGAAUUCCAGAUUGCUUUUACCAAGCACUUUUACUCUGAGGGGGUUAAGCUCUCUGUUGGUUCAAUUUUAAAGGGAAUAAAGCAUGAGACCAACUUCCAAGAGGAGCCUGUAUCCAGGAGGGGCUGCAUUUAAAGUUGAAAUCUUCCUCCAAGAAGCAAACUGGAAUCAAUGUGGCUAAUAGUUACUAUGUUAAGAGUAAGCUCUGACCCAUAAUACUUGGUAUUGUAACCAAAACCUGGAUUUUCAAAGGUAUUGAGCACCACUAUCUCCAAUUGACUUCACCCCCUCUUAAAAAAAUUGAUCUUGUUUCCGUAUCAAAAUUAAGCAUUGUGUAAUGUAUGGGUGACAGAUUUAGAUAUAAUGAAGAUUACUGUUAUUUGUGUAGGGGUUAUUUUGUUCUUAGGCCUGUCUUGGAGAAGAAAGAUGCCUUUAAAUUCUUGUACAUACCAAUGUUUGUCCGUAGGUAGUAAUUCAAAAGGCCUAACUCUCACUGUAUCUCUCCAUAGCAUUUGAAUUUGACUCUCUUAAUUGCAACUACAACCACAUCACUGAUACUUUGCUUUUAAAAAUCUCAGUGAGGGGAGAAGGUUCCUGUUCACUGGAACAGGAGCAAGGUGACACUAAGUGGCUUUCUUUGGAAGAUCAUCUAAAAAAGCCCCAUAAUUUUAUUUUUGUAUGAGUAGUAGGUAAGAGCAAAAAUAUAGGCUUUGUAUGAAUUGAACUACUGUGGCCUAAACCUAAUAACUUCUCUCCUAACAACGGGAAAAGACUCUGUUUUCUGGUUGCUGCUUCAUUGCAGAUCAUAAUCAGGUUGAAUUGGUAUGAUAUGUAGAGUGGUAUAAAUAGCCAUGUAAACAUAGACAUUCCAACCAACCACCUCCUCUUACAGUUUGCUGUUUUGCAUUAUUGAUGCCAUUGUGAGAAUUGUCGGUCUCCCAUCACUGAAUUUAAAUUUUAAGGCUGUAAAGAAAGCAUAAAUGGAUGAGCUGUACAGUACUGACUAGUCCAAUCUGAUGGUGAACCUGAAUCUCUGGAUAAACCUCAACAGCUGAAGAUAUUUUGGUCAUCUACACUGUUACGGAUUAAAGAAGUUAGAUCACUUCAGCAGAAGAUCAAACUGUGAUAGCUAAUUUACAAUUUACAGCUUACUCCAUUCUGAUAAAGCUGUAAAGCUUGUGUACAUACUGUAUAAUAUGAGUUUUACCAUUUGAUAAAUGACCUUUUUCAGAGAUCUAUCUGCACUAUAGUUGGGCAAUCUCUCAGCUUUAUGCAGUGAUUAGUAGUGCUUAGGUAUGUCUAUAACGAAGACAUCAUCUAGUAGCCCCUGCCCCCCUUGAACUUUUCCCGUUAGUUACUAGUGGAGUAAAUUGAGUGAUUCAGAAGUAUCCUUUCCCUCUUACCUGUUCAUUACUCAUAGUUAGAGGAGAGUGUUUGCAUAGAGGCCACAAAAGAACUGUUUGGUUUGUUAUGUUAUUCCUUAAUGCAUUCCUGAUGCUGAAGUGAUGAAAAUUUUAGUUGCUCCUUACCAACACACACACUGUAUAGUAUGCAUAAUAAAUUCAUCUAAUUAGUUUUCAUUGCUCUGUAGAACUUUGUCUGGUCUUGACUGUUGUUUUUCAUAACUGCAUUGCAUUUCUUAUUUCUGGCUUUGUCCUUCCGAAACUUGCUUUGGACUUUUAACAAUAUGGCUGGGGCCUCUCACUUUCUAAUAUGUUUGACUACAAAACUAAAACCUACCUUACUGUAAUUACCUUUAUAUAUAUUUUAGUGCUUAUUUUUCUAAUAAUGGUAUUAAAAGCUUAUUGUUUUGAAA